GCCGUUGACAGCGCCGCUGGUCCGGGUAAAUUAAGUGUCCUCUACCGUUGUCUGACGGUACUGAGCUGCCUGUGAUACACAGUGACAGUGCAGUGGACUGUAGCUGUACUGUUUUAGACUGCGGUUAUAAUAUAGAUCUACAACAACAUGGAAGGUGCUAUGUUUGAUCAAGUUCUUAGCGUUGUCUUCAAAUCACAAGGCCAAGACGAUAGGACUGUUGGAAUCAGGAUAUUUCUUGAACUGGUUUCUGUUACAUCACCUAUUCACAGAAAGGAGCUCCAUGUUAGAUUGACAGAUGACGCAGAUCCUUUCUUUCUCUACGAUCUUCACCUCGGAGAGGAGGAUUUCCAAGUGUUGAAGAAUCAGCAAGGGUUGCUGGUGGAUUUUAGUGCAUUCCCACAAAAGUUCAUUGAACUCUUGCAGUUAUGUGCACAGAACCAAGGCCAGGCGCAUGGCAAGUUUGUGCUUCAGCUGAAUCAGUCAGGGGAUCUAGCCGGCUCGUCUCAUGGCCUAGCUCAGCUUGGUGUAGUUGAGACCAACCCUUUCAAGCAUCUCACUCAUCUCUCACUCAGUCUCAAACCGGGCUCAGAUCCAGAAGUCAAGAGAUACUUAGCCAAGUGCCUCAAGUUGCUGCAGGAGGAUCACAAGCAGCUUAAAGCUCAUCUGAGUAGCAAAGAAUCUUCCUUGACACAUCAGCUGCAACAAACGCAAGAGAUACUCCAAACCAGGAGCAGUGAGUUGGAGCGGUUGAGAGGCCAGUGGAGCAGUCAGUCUGACAGCCUGGAGGCCAAGCAUCAGCAGGAGCUUGCUGAGGAGAGACAGAAGGCUCUAGAGAUGCAAAGGGAUAUUGAAAAGCAAAGUUCAGCACAGUGUCAGGAACUAGAGGAGAAGCAUAGGAAACAGAAUGACAAGAUGCAGUCUCGCAUUGCAGAACUACAGGCAGUUAAUAGGGAGAUGCAUGAAAGAAGGCAGGCCCAAGAGUCGACCAUCAAAGAACUCAGAAGCAAGCUGCACAUGUUAGAAGAGGACUACCAGCGAGCUCAGCGGGAGCUCCAGUCCACGAGACGUCACACUGACCGUCUAGAGACCGAGCACACUGACCGAGGACAGACCGUUGGUCAGCUCAGCACACGGCUAGCCGUCCUGGAACAAGAAGUUGGAGACAAGCAGGCUCUCGCUGACAAGUCUGCUCAACUACUAGAGGCUGCCAAUGAAAGCAAGGCUCAACUAGAAGAGAAUGUUCACCAGAAGCAAGCACUCCUUGUCAAACUAGAAAGCACUGUCAAAUCAACGUCUAAAGAGGUUCUAAAGGGAAAUGAGAUCAUACGGAAACUGCAAGGAGAAUUGAAAGCAGCAGUAGCAAAGAUGAAGCUGAAGAACACAGUUACAAGCAAGCAAGAGAAGCUGAUUGAAGAGAAGAGUCACACACUGCACUCCAUGCAGGAAGACAGAGAUAACCUGAAGAGGAAAUGUGACUCUGUGGAUGCUGAGAAUGAAAGAUUGAAAGAAACUCUAGAGAGGACCACUACCAAGCUGGAGGAGAGCAAACAGUUGUUGAAGACAAAUGAAAAUGUAAUCAACUGGUUGAACAAGCAGGUGAAUGAGGUCCACCUGUCCCAGCGCCAUGGCACGUUUGAGCCCCCAUCUCGACCCCAACCAGUCGCCUCUUAUAAACCAGCAGGGGUAGUCUAUCAGCCAACAGGAGCAAACAUAGGAGUGCCCCCUACCACCAGCAGCACCGGUGCUCCACCCCGCCACGCCUUCACCUCCACCCCUUCUACCAACCCCAGUGUACCUCUCAACACACCCCACUCUGGUCUAAGUGCCAUCCAACAUGCCUCUCAUGCUAGCCCUGCACUGGAUCCCAAAUACCUGCAGAGACAGGAACAAGCUGGCCCGAUGAGAAUGGCACCUCCACCGAGCUACCCCUUUCAUUCUACGGUCCAACACAGGCCCCUCUCCCAGACACACCCCCCUGCCGUCAGAGGGCGUGUCCCUUCCAUCCCAGGAGGAUCCAAGGGAGGAGGAGGAGGAGGGAUGGUGCAGGGCAAGCCCGGGGAGCAGGCCGGGGCUGGGGCUGGGGCUGGGGCUGGGGGUGGCCAGGGACAACCCCCUCUGAUGAGCGCCUACUUUCCACGCUCCAUGCAAACUGCAUCAUAGCUGGUGGUUGAGUGAUUGUAGUGAUCGUUCUGACGUUCUAAAUGAUUUCCCAGUCUGCCUCUCCUUCAAAAUACAUGUACCAGAUCUAUUUAACACAAGAGCUUGGCCUAUUGAAAACAUUUUCUGUAAAAUAUGGCUUUGCACUUUUGCAUAAUACAAAACAUUUUAUGAUAACCGACCUUUUUUUUCUUGCUAGUUUGUAGUCUAAUACGAAUGUGAACACUAUUUUUUUCAAAGGGUCUCAGAUAAUCUUAUUACAUCCCAGGAGGCAGUAUGGACGUGGGGGGGGGGGGG